AUGACGGGCCGCCGCCGUUCGCCUCGGCGCGAUGUGAUUGUGGCGGCGGGAUCUCCUGCCCUGCCCACCCCACCAUUGGCCCAGGGCGGGGAGGUGCCAGCCCUGUUCCGAGCCGUCGCGGACUACUUGUAUGCGGGCGUCGGCAGCGCCCCGCCUGCACGUCCGCAUCAGCCGGUGUCUGGCCUCUCCCGAGGCUACUGGAGCGAUGACGAGGUGCCGGGCACGCCUCGUGAUCCGGACGUUGAUUGGUGGGCGUCGUCGUGGCCCCAGGGGCAGAGUGGGGCGGACGGGGACUGGGGCACCCCUCCCCCGGAUGCUCCUUGGGGGGAGCCUCGGCCUGGCGAUGGGGCGUACCAAGCCCGGGGCAUGCGGUUGUCGGACGUUGGUCGCUGUGUGACGGAGCUGUCCUUCGUGCUUGACCUUCUGCACGAAGCCUUUCAGUCGCGUGAGGUUGUUGCACGGGAUCCGCAACUGGGCGAAGGCCAGCAGGCUCGGGCUCGCCGCGCGGUGUCGAGUGCGCUGUGGGACAUUCUCCGCUUGCCGCUGGAACCUGAGGAUCCUUCGUUGGACGACGGACCUGGCGCUGCAGCUUUCCACAUGGUAGCCACGGCUGUUGAGGAGUGCCCUCUCGGCAUCGUCCCUGCGAUCGCGUGUGUGCUCCGGUGGCUCGGGCGGCGGCGGGUGGAGCGGAUGUAG